AUGGGGAAUUCUCAAGGGAAACCGGUGUCCUACACCGAUGCAGUCAAUCUCAAUCAUUUCCGCCUCCUCCGCGUGGUCGGAAAAGGCGCGUUCGGAAAGGUCCGCAUCGUCGAGAGGAAAGAUACAGGUCUUACAUUUGCCCUCAAGUAUAUCCGCAAGGAAGAAGUGGUACGAUCGGAAAGUGUACGGAAUAUCAUUCGUGAACGGCGGAUGCUCGAGCAUCUGAACCACCCAUUCCUCUGCAAUUUGCGCUAUAGUUUUCAGGAUAUGGAAUACAUCUACAUUGUCGUCGACCUGAUGAACGGAGGCGACCUACGUUUUCACAUUUCGCGAAAGUGUUUCACAGAAGAGGCGGUGCGAUUCUGGAUGGCCGAGCUGGGCUGUGCGUUGAAGUACAUCCAUUCCCAGGGAAUUAUCCAUCGAGAUUUGAAACCGGACAACGUGCUGUUGGACUCCGAGGGCCAUGUUCAUUUGGCAGACUUCAACGUGGCGUCAGAUUUCCGACCGGGCAAGCCGCUCACCAGCAAGUCCGGAACCCUGGCUUAUCUAGCCCCAGAGGUGUACGAAGGAGUCGGUUAUUACAACGAGGUCGAUUGGUGGUCAUUGGGUGUCACUUUCUACGAAUGCAUUUACAGCAAGCGACCAUUCGAAGGACGCAGCCAGGACACCCUCAGCGAGAACAUCAAGAAAGCUCAACCGAAGUAUUAUGUGACCAACCCAGCAGUGUCAGUCGCAUGCCUUCGCGCUCUGGGCUCAUUAAUGGAGAAGGAUCGAAGCAAGCGAAUCGGCGCUACUGGCUUCGAAACCUUCACCAACCACGAUGACAAAACCAAUUUCGAUGCCACCUAUGAUCUGGAGGAGUUACUUCUGGAGGAAGCACCAUUGGAGGCCAGAGCUCGUCGACAAAAGCCGCGUGCGGAGCUACGAGAGGAUGCUACAGCCAAAGAGAUUCGGGAUGAUGAGCUCCAUCGCUUAAUUGAGACCAUGUUUGAGCCGUUUGACUACACGACUGUCAACUACCAAGGAAACGCCGCCGAAGCGAUUGCCGCCUCGUCGAAUCCCGAAGAUAUCCUUCCAAUCACCCAGACGACCUCCCACACCCGCCAAUCGUCACAGCCGGAAUCCCAGUCCAGGAAUUCUCCACCACCUCCACAGGUGCCUCCGAAGAAAGCCCCUCCGAUCAACACCAACGCCGAGAAUCUCGCAGCCCAGGAGGCUACAGCGCAACCGCCCUCACCCUCGAGCCAAACAUCUGGUUCUCCAACGCCUGCUCCGUCCUUCCACCGGCCCUUCCCACCGCCCAACAAUAACAACGGCCCUCGACAACAACAACGCGGCACCCUUCGGAAACCGAGCAAGGGCGGCGGAGUGCAAAUGGUUCUUGAAGAAUCCGGCAGCUGGAGCGAGCUUGCGGACCACAGCUCCACUCUUCCUGCGGAAGGGCUGGACGGUGCUGGAGGCAAGGGCAAGCCCGGAAACAGUGGUAUGCUGUCGUUCUUGAGUCGGAAAAAGGGCCGCGAUCGCAGCCCCAAGCCGACCGAGCCGGGUGUUCUGGGCAAGGAAGGUGCCCGACAAAUCAUCAGCUGA